UAAUUGUAUUUGAUAAUCGUGGAAUUGGUGAAUCAACUGUUGCUUCCGAUGAUCCUAUCACGAUCGAAUUAAUGGCUCAAGAUACAAUUAGAUUGAUUAAACAUCUUGGAAUUAACCGAUUUAACUUGCUUGGAGAAGCUAUGGGUGGUAGAGUUACUUUUUGUGUUGCCUUAAAUCUUCCAUCUGAUUUGAAGCUAGAGAAAUUAGUCGUUUGUUCUUGUGCAUCUCGUAUUGACACCAAUACAAAAGUGUUUCAGGAAACUGAGAAAAUUUAUCAAUUACCAGGCUUUAAACAUCCUGUAACUCUUCAAGAACAAAAAGACAUUCUUCUUAA